UCUCAUGCUGUCAAUUCGCUCGCUUUGCUAGUGUUGGUAAAUUUCGCCAGAGGCAGCUAGCAAACAAAAUUAGAAUUAAACGUGUACAUUUACUUUUAAAACAUGGUACAAAAGAUAUUAAUGAUCUGUUUGGGCAACAUUUGCAGGUCGCCCAUAGCUGAAACUGUCAUGACUGAUGUUUUGGUCAAGUUAAAUCUGCAAUCUGUUGUGGUGGACAGCGCCGCCAUUGGUCCCUGGCAUGUUGGAAAACGUGCAGAUCCGCGAGCAUUGAGCACACUGAAGAAUCACGACCUGAAAAACACCCACAUUGUCCGCCAGAUAACGAAGCAGGAUUUCAAUGAGUUCGACUACAUUUUUGGCAUGGAUGAGGAAAAUAUGAGCGAAUUGCGCCGUCUAGCGCCAAAUGGCUCUAAAGCGGAGCUGCUGCUGCUUGGCGAUUUUGGCCUGAGCAAAGAGAAUCGCAUCAUUGAGGAUCCCUACUAUGAACGUGGCGAUGAGGGUUUUGAGGUGGCUUAUCAACAAUGUGUUGUUGCCUGUAAAGCGUUUGCAGAGCAGCGAUUGCAAAAAUAAUUAUAGUAGGUAAAUUGUUGUUGUUGUAUGUUGUUGAACAAUUAAUAAACCAGUUUUGAAAUGUGAA